UCUCUCUCUCUCUCCCUCCAGUUUCUCAUCAAUCAACUGAAAUAAAGAAGUUGAAUUUGAAAUCAAUUCUAAUCAUCAUCAUCAACAUUAUCGAUAUUACACACCAACAUUUAUUGAUUUUGAUCUUGGUAGAUUGAUUAUUUGAUUAUAAUAGAUUCGAUUGAUCAUUGUAAUAUUCUUAAUUGAGUCUAGAUCGUUUGGUGUAAUAGUUAAUUCAUUGAGGGAUUGUUCAAUUCAAAAUGGCAGCAAAUAAUGAUCCAAGUAAUCCACCAUUAGUUCCUAAUGGAUGGUUAGCUAAAUUCGAUGAUAAGUAUAAGACUUGGUUUUAUGUUAAUUUGGAAUCUAAAAAAUCAUCAUGGGAAGCUCCAAAAGGUACUACUUUUAAUAGUAAACCUGGUGAUGAUGUUCCACCUCCAUCUUAUUCUCCAGCUCAAUCACAACAACGUCAACAAGCUCCUCCAUCUCAACAACAAGCUCGUUACGGACCUCAACAAGGUUAUGCUGGUUCUGGUUACCCUCCUCAACAAGGAUACCCACCUCAACAAGGUUAUGGGGGUUAUCCACCACAACAAGGUUAUCCUCCUCAACAACAAUACGCUCAACAACAACAACAACAACAACAACAACGUCCUCAUAAGAGUGGUUUUGGUGCAGGAUCAAUGGCCAUGGGUGUUGGUGGUGGUUUGUUAGGGGGUUUGCUUUUAGGUGAUGCCAUUAAUCUGUGGGAUAAUCAUGAACAACAACAAGGUUUUGAUAAUAAUGGUGGUGGGUUUGAUAAUGGUAACUUUGAUAAUGGAGGUGGUGAUUUCGGUGGAGGUGAUUGGUAAUAGGGUUACUAAAAAUCUUUCUUUUGCUAACUAACUUUUCACCUCAUUCAAUCAUAUUCAACCCUCAAUGGGUUAAUUUCUACAACUCUCUACAUUGUUUACUAGAACAAAAGUCUUAUUUCAACUAUAGUUAGUUACUGUCUUAUUUAAAUGUAUGUUUUUUAAUAA